AGUCGGAGCCGUUCGUGAUCAUAGCCGCCUAUCGGCCUUGAAGGGCUUGAAUAUAUACGACGGGCUCGGUGGGGGUUAUCCGAAUGCUUAAGAUGCCCUCGUCGGGCGCGUUACUGAGGAGGAGUGUCAUGGCGCGUGGACGGGCUCAGCUGGAUGAACAAGAUCGUAUCUCGGAUGCGUACCUCAAGACAUCACGGAGGACGCUGCUAGCACUUGACCGGGAGGUCGACAUGCUCGAAACGCGGAUCAGGCAGCUGGAGGCUGCGAUGGAGCUCAUGAAGAGGAGAAAAGAGGCGGUUGAGUCCCUCAGGAGCUCUCUUGGGGCGCGCGGAGUCAGUCAAGCUCGCUCUCGUGAUGAACCUGAUGUCCCGACAGAGACCACGGAGGCGACGUGCUUGCUGCCGAAAAGCAGCCCCCGCGCGUAGCCGGUGAACCCAUUUCCCGAUGCUUUCGGGGAACAGUUGUAACGUGCUACGCAAGUGACUUCGUGCUCAUAGUACCGGACGGGAAAUGUACGGAUACAAACCUCCUUCCCUUAUAGCGCUGCAUGUUCUGUGUUCUUCUGAAGUCUAUUAGUAUGAGACACGCGAGCGGGAAAAUCCGUGUUGCAUAUUGUAUACUCUGCUACUGG